AUGGCGUGUACAAUCGAAAUCGAAUUGACUCGAGACAGAUGGUAUGUUUUUGGUCUCUUGCGUGUUCACUGCCUCCUCGGUGACUACCACACUGCUCUCAAAUGGUUGCAGCCCAUUGACAUCUCCCAGCAAGGUGUUUACACCAGUGUCAUUGGAUGCCAUAUCGCUACUAUUUAUCACUAUGGCUUUGCCAACCUCAUGGUGCGAAGGUAUGUUGAUGUUGUUCGUGAAUUCAACAAGAUUCUCCUCUACAUUUUCAAGACAAAGCAGUACCAUCAAAAGUCACUGCAGUACGAUCAAAUACUCAAGAAGAAUGAGCAGAUGUAUGCAUUACUUGCUGUUUGCCUCUCCCUCUACCCUCAAACUAAACUCGUUGACGACUUUGUCAACUCUCAGCUCCGCGAGAAGUAUGGUGAAAAGAUGAUGAGGAUGCAGAGGUAUGACGAUGAGGCAUUCGGUAUCUAUGAUGAGCUCUUCUCUUAUGCAUGCCCCAAGUUCAUCACCCCUUCGGCACCAAGUUUCGACGAGCCUCUUGUCAACUACAAUCAGGACGCAUACAAGCUUCAGUUGAAGAUGUUCCUUUAUGAGGUAAUGCAGCAGCAGCUAUUGUCGGAAGUGCGGACAUUCCUCAAAGUCUACUCCUCCAUUUCUCUUGCUAAGCUCGCAAAAUACAUGGAAGUUGAUAAGUCCACGCUAAGGUGA